GGCCAUGACGUCACGCCGUCUCGUCGACUGUGUGUUUAUUAUGUGUUUUUUCGGCAGUAGCUGCUAGCUAGCAUUGACCCUCGUCUUCAAACAUGCUGUGAUUUAUUUAGCUGGCAGGUUUGGAGGAGCGGGAUGGCAGUGUGUGCACUGACCAUGCUGGAUGGGAUGGAGGACGAGGCGACGGCGGCCGGCGGCGUGCUGCUCCUGGUCCUGGCUCUCGUCUUCGCUUGGCUCUCGACUCACGUGGCCGACCGGGGGGACCACAUACUGGGCACCAUCCUCACCGUGGGCGCGCACGCCUCCCUGAUCGGACUCGGGGGCCACGACGGCUACAGCGGAGGGUCGCCCGCCGCAGACAGCCCGGAGCAGCAGGCCGCCCCGCCUUCUCAGGAGAACAAGCCCGAUGACGGCGAGCCGGGCGCCGAGAGGGGAGAGGGGGAGGCGCCCGGGGAGGCAAACGAGGGUGUUCGGACCGAUCUCCUGCUGGACAUACAGAGAAAACAGCCACAGGUUGGAAGAUUGCAUACUUCAGAUGACGAGGAGGUGGAGGAGGAGGAGGAGGAGGAUGAUGAAGAGGAGGAGGAGGAUGAUGAUGACGAGGAGCUGGGGGUGGAAGAUAAAAAGAUUAUAAAGCAUAUCCCUGUGUUGUCCGGCAUCAUCUCGCCCACCACCGACCACUCCAUCUCUGUCCGUCUGAAGUUUUUAAACGACACGGAGGAGGUAGCGGUUGUAGAGCCACAGGAUACAGUGGGAGUACUGAAAAGUAAGUACUUCUCAGGCCGGGAGCAUCGAAUCAAACUCAUCUACCAAGGCCAGUUGCUGCAGGAUCCCAAGAAGACGCUCCUCUCCCUGAACAUCACACAGAACAGCGUGAUCCACUGCCACAUCUCGCAGGCCCUGCACGAGAGCACGGCAGAGGAAGGGGCUCAGCCCGGCGCCGGGGUCUCGGGGGGGUUCAGGGCGGCCGGCGUGGCCAUCAGCACCAGCAGCCUGGUGGUGCCGGUGUUCGUGGUGAUACUGGCCGUGGUGUGGUACUUCCGCAUCAACUACCGGCAGUUCUUCACCGCCCCGGCGACCAUCUCCCUCGUGGGGGUCACUGUGUUCUUCAGCUUUCUGAUAUUCGGGAUGCACAGCCGCUGAGAAGGCAGAGAGCACACGCGCCACCCCCCCUCCCCCCCA